AUGUGCAGCAGAACAUUCGGGCUGCUGAUAUCUUAUGCAAACAGGAAGAAGACAUUCCCCUGGCUCCACGAGUACGGACCUUUGGAGGAAGCCGCUCGUUCUAGGUGUUUCGUAUCAUUGGCGGAAGAUGCGACGGAGCGAUUCCCUGGGGAGACGCCUCUAGGGUUUGCUCGCUCCUACCGCGAUAGCUGGUAUGGUGCUUUCCGAUUGGACCAUCUCGGCGCUUGUAAAGCAUGUGAACACACAAUGACUUCCGACCCUGUCAAGGUCACAAGGUUUCUCCAUCGCUCCUAUGACAAUAUUGUCGCUCUCGGUAAGGACGACCAGACCGUCUCAGACAGGAGAGCCCAAGUAGCCUCGGCGAUAACUCAGUCAAGUCUAGCUCCACACGGUAUGUGUCAGCAUAGCUCAACCGAACUUGUCAAUGUUAUAUCAACUGCACCCGAAAAUGGCAUCCCGCUCUCGAUCACCGGGGAUGGACCGUCCAACGACAAUCAGAACAGACGGACCGGCAAACCCCUUGAGCGUGAAUUGGACCUGGAAACUAAAUUGCGUCUUGAGCUCACGAGCAUGCUUGAGGGUAUCGUCGCGGCUCCCUGUCGGGCUGACAUAGAGCGUCUAGCAGUCGAGGCCAAAGUAACUUGGGAUACUUUACUGAGAGGUAUCCGCACGGAGCAAGACAUUUUGACGAGCGAACCUCGACCACAUUAUAGGUUUCAUGAGUGCGGAGUGCUCGUGAUGAUAGCCUUGGGAUCGAGCCCGAAAAAUUUGUUCCGAACCGAGGAUGCUGAACAUGCUGCCUACUUGUCUGAUGCCGGAGUGGAGACCGGACAGUAG